AUGGCUGAGGGCAAAGACGAACCCCAGCAGGGGAUUGAGAGAGCUCCCGAUGGGGGAAUCGAGGUAGCGCAUGAGAAGCAUCCACAAGUCGACAUGGGAGAGUAUCAGAACAAGCAAGAUAUCUCGCAUGUCGAAAAGGUUCUCUCCGGCGAUGACCUCGUAAAGGAUACCAUGGAUUUCUCCCGUGUGGACAAGGAAAUCCAAGCAUAUGCCGCACACAGUCAAGUGGAAAUCGACGAGGCCACCAAUAAUCGUCUCAAACGCCUAAUCGAUCGCCGUGUCCUUGUUAUCAUGAUCUUUACAUAUUUCCUACAGGCUCUGGACAAGGGAACCAUGUCGUUCUCGGCUAUUAUGGGGAUUAGGAAGGACCUGGACCUGGAUGACGGGCAGAAGUACUCCUGGUUGACUACGUGUAUUUACAUCGCUGUUCUCACCGUCGAAUACCCCACCAAUUGGAUCAUCCAAAGAGUCCCCAUCGGAAAGUACUUGGGCAUCAAUAUCUGCCUAUGGGGUAUGAUUCUGACACUCCAUGCAACCUGUAAGAACUUUACUGGGUUGGUUGUUGUCCGUACCCUACUGGGUAUUUUUGAGGCUUGCUGUCAGCCCAUUUUCGUGACUCUUUCUGCGAUGUGGUAUAAACGAGAGGAACAAGCGGCCACGGUAACCUACUGGUACAUGAUGAACGGCGCACAGCAGAUUGUCGGUGGCCUAUUGGCGUACUGCUUUACCCUUAUUGGAGAAGACAAGGUUCUCAAGUCUUGGCAAGCACUCUUCAUGACAUAUGGAAUAAUCUCCGUUUUCUGGGGACUCUUUGUCAUUUGGUGGAUGCCUGACUCUCCCAUGCGUGCGAAGUGCUUCAGCGAGGAAGACAAACGUCUCAUGGUAGAGCGCCUUCGUACCAAUCAGACAGGCAUUCAGAACAAACAGUUUCAUGCAUACCAGAUGUGGGAGGCGUUCCGCGAUCCCCAGAUGUAUUGCUAUUGUGCUGUUCAAAUGUUCACCACUCUCCCUACCAGCGGUCUAGGUGCAUUCUUCGGCAUCGUUGUCUCGAGUUUCGACUUUAGUGUACUGGAAACUCAGCUGCUUGCCAUGGUGCUAGGUUUUUAUAUCAUUGUUGUUCUGUUGUCUGGUGCGUGGCUGGUGAACAAGUUCAAACAGAACACGCUCGUGAUGUUGGGCUUCAUCAUUCCGUCCUUCAUCGGAACUAUUGUCCUUAUAACCGUUGAAAACACUACUUUGUCCACCAAGGUGGGCCUUCUUAUCAGUUACUACAUCACGAUGUCAUUCUGGUCGGCGCAAACUCUCACAUUAUCGAUGGUGUCACGAAAUAUUGCUGGUCAAACAAAGAAGUCCACCGUAAUCGCUGCAACAUUCGUGUCAUGGGCUGCCGGCAACGCAAUUGGUCCUCAAGUUUUCCUCGACACUGACAAACCACGGUACCACAUUGCCUGGAGUGUUCAUCUGGCUUGCUAUUCCUGCAUGGUUUGUGCUGUUGCCUACCUGCGCUUCCAUCUCAAGCGCGAGAAUGCCAAGAAGGACAAGCUGUUGGCUGAGAGAGGUCUCAGUGCCGCCGAUCCGAACCUCAUUCAUGCAUUCGAGGAUAAAACGGACCGAGAGAACUUGAACUUCCGCUACGUCUACUAG